AGCGGCGAUUUAAACCGUCUCUACAUAUAUGAAGGGUGAAAAAGGAAAUUUGUAAAUCUCUUUCACGAUGUCUUUUUCUUCGAUCUCAUUUUAUGCUUUUCACAGCGAUUCAACGAUGUUAUCUCUUCAAUCCUUUUUGUUCCUUUUCUAUUCGAUUCAUUGAUGAUUCAGACAUAUUGAAACGUUUUAAUUGAUUCAACGAUGCACAAUCUUCUUCUUUACUGACUUUUUCAUCGAUUCAACGAUGCUUUCUCAAAGUUCAAAUUACUGUCUUCGAUUGUGAGGUUUCUAUUUUUAUUUUUAUUUUGAGCAAUCCUUGGGCCUAUUGUGCUAUUAAAUUUGUCUCUCUACUGCUGCGUUUUCUUCUCGGCUUCACAACAAAUUACUACUGCUGCAUUGAUAUAAUCACUGCCAAUCCAGUAAAGAAGCUAUUAAGCUUCUUCAAAUCUAAUGAGUUCUCUAAAGAGAGGAACUAGGUGGUAGCAACAUUACUAGGCUUUAAAUUUUUAAGGUGUUUCUCACAUCUUUUCUCGCUGACGUAUUGGUUGAACCUAAGGCAAGGUUGCUAGUUUUAAUGGAUAAAAGUUGGAUGAUCCAGCCAAGGCAUAGUGAUGAAUAUAGAAGAGGGGUUAAGAAUUUUCUUGAUUUUGCUUUUCAUAAUGCAUCUGAAGAUGGAAGAAUUAUGUGCCCGUGUAGAAAUUGUGUUAGCCGUUAUCUGCGAACAUACGAUGAGGCUGAAAUACACUUAGUAUGUGAUGGUUUCAUGAAGGGGUAUACACGAUGGGUAUUUCAUGGGGAGGCGUAUUUCACCAGUAGUACAUCAUCAGCUGGUAUGCACACUUCUACUGACAUAAUGGAAUCUGUUCAAGAUUGCACUAUGGCCAAAUCGAAUCCAUGGAUGUUAGAUGAUGUAACUGGGUUGCUACAUGAUGCUUUCAAUGUAGUUCGGAAAACGAAUGAGGUUCCAUUAGAUACUGAUAGGAUUUCUAAUCCUGGAGAAAAUGAGGUGGAAAUAGAAAAUGGUAGUAUAGAAAUGGAAUCAGAAGGAAUGCAUCAUGAAGCUUCUAGCAAGGAAAAUGUUGAUUUUGUGAAAUUAUUGAAAGCUGCAGAUGAAGAAUUAUAUCCAGGAUGUAAGACAUUUUCUAGUUUGUCCUUUUUCCUGCAUUUGUAUCAUUUAAAAUGCUUACAUCGGUGGACUGAAAAAUCAUUUACUAUGCUACUUGAGUUGUUACUUGAUGCAUUUCCUGGGGGCGUGUCAUUGCCGAAGUCUUUUUAUCAAGCUAAAAAAAUCAUUCAAGCGUUAGGACUGGAUUACAAAAAGAUUCAUGCUUGUCCUAAUCACUGCAUGUUGUAUUGGGGUGAGACUGAGAACCAAGAGUUAUGUCGUAUUUGUGGGUCUUCUAGAUGGGCAGUUUCUAGAGGAAGUAAUCAAAAUGAUUGUCACGGCAAAUUUAGUUCUAUUGAUUGGUUUUGUAUAUCUGCGUGCUGA